AUGGCACAAGCUACGCGCUCUGCGAAGAGCACAACUGCUAGUGCAGCUCCUAAUGCUGUCAUUCGAGAGAUGACCUCUUCAUUCGCUCGAUCAUUGGCAGAUGCGAAUUCCUCACUGAUUCGACAAUCGCUUGAUCGCUUACGAACUUAUAUUGGUGAUUCAGUCGAUAGUGAUGAAAAUAUUUCAAAAGCAUUCAAGUACUUGAAAGAUAGAAUUCAUCAUGAGAGAGAAAGCGACGAUGGUGAAUCGCUUGCUUCCUUGAUNUAUCCGAUGGGUGUUGUGCUUGAUGUCGAUGGAUAUCUCUUCAUUGUGGAUCAAGGAAAUAAUAGAAUUGUUGGAUCGGGACCACUUGGAUUUCGAUGUAUAGUUGGAUGUUCUGGUAGUAGUGGCUCAGCACUCAAUCAGUUACAAGGUCCACGGUCACUUGCUUUCGAUACUGAUGGGAAUUUAUAUGUUAGCGAUCGGGAAAAUGAUCGCAUCAUGACAUACACUUUAUUUAACAGCUCAUGUGUUUACACCACGACUACAUCAACAUCAACAAGUUCAACCUCAACAUCAACAACAUCAACAAGUUCAACCUCAACAUCAACAACAUCAACACCAACAACGUCAACAUCAACAUCAACAAAAACAACGUCAACAUCAACAUCAACAACGUCAACAACGUCAACAUCAACAAGUUCAACAUCAACAUCAACAAAAACAACGUCAACAUCAACGACGGCAUACUCAGUCUCGAACGUCUCAAAUUGCAGUUUCACGAAGUAUUCAUCUUAUCUUGUCUCAAACGUUAAAUCAGAUUUUACCAGUGCCCAAAUCUGCUGUGAAUCGAUGAACAUGACUCUUAUAGAAAUCGAGUCAGCCAACGAGCAAGCGCGCGUACUCAAUAUAACCACAUUGAUACAAGCUCCUUUUUUCAUCGGACUCAAUCAAACAUGUGGUACUAACAAUUACAGUACAUGGCUCUCAGGCAAACCAGUUUUAUUCAGUAAUUUCGGUAUGUUUCAAAUUCGAAUGCUAUCAGAUUGA